AGAGAGAGAGAGAGAGAGAGAGAGAGAGAGAGAGAGAGAGAGAGAGAGAGAGAGAGAGGGGAGAGUAAAAAAAGAGAGAAAAAUCCAGCAAACAAGAAACAAGGUGUACUGGACAUGCAAGCCGAGGCACGAGUGACUAAAAGGACAUGAAGUAGACUGCACAGGAGCAGCAACAGCAUGAAAGUAGAGGCCACUCCCGCCGCCUCUGCCGCGCCUCCCAAACCAGCCCCCGCCGCCCGCCACUCCGUCACACACACCGCGGAUGGUACCUGAACGCUGAUUGGCUCCAGGGUCGGCCGAUAUGAUGCUGCCCACUAACGUUGUAUCGUUCGUGAAAAAGAUGGUGGCGUCGGAGCAUGGAGGCGGAGGGGAGGCGGGGAGCCCAGGGGUAGGGCCUCGCACGGACGCCCCAGACUCAGGGACAACGUUCUCCAAAAUCAGACACACACUUACCUCUGGCAUUCACGGGACAGUCACCAAGUUGUCGCCCACGAGAUCCCCAGCGCCCAACGCCCAUCCCGACGGCUGCUCUCUCUCGUCCUCGUCAUCGUCCUCAUCGGCGGGCGUGGUCGGGGGCCAGCAGUCCUCUGUGUCUGUGGAGGAGAGGUCGCUGCUGCAGAAGGUGUGGGACAAGAAUGAACGGUUCGACCCCUCCGAUGGCAGGAUAUUCAAGCUCCCUCCCAUCACCACGCCCACUGCUCCCUCGAUCGGGGGUAACGGGGGCGGGGGCGGAGGCGGCGGCAGUGGUGGCGGCCGGGGCGGCGGCCUCUCCCCUCUGACGCCCCCUAUGGGCGGCGGGAAACAGGGCGAGGUGAGCGGCAGCAGCGGCAUGCCCUUCCCCACCAGAACACAAAGGUCACCCGGGUCAUCCUGUAGAGUGUGCGUUAAGACUCUGAAGGACUCUGAGUUUUUCAAGGUGUGCUCGGAGUGCGGGAACAAGGUGUGUGAGGACUGCGCCUCCUACUCCACCCAAUCCUCCGAGGGCGACCAGGAUACUUGGAACUGCAGCAUCUGUCGUCGGCGUCUUUCCUCGCGCGCCAAGAGUGAGCAGCCGGCGUCAAGUGAAGGCAUCACGCUCACCACUAAGGUACCCCCAGUCAUGACCGCCCCCAUUCCCUCACCUACCCCUGGCGCCCCUACCGCCCUCACCCUCUUCAGUGGCCUGGCUAAGAUGGCGUCCACUAUGGCCACUACCACCCAAUCACAGCAGACUACAAGCGCUGCGACGAACACUCUGUCCACCACUCUUUCAAGCACUCUGGCGGCCAGCACACACGCCAGCACCCUGGCCGCCCCCACCACACAGUCCAGUACCAUCCAGACCACCACCACCACCACCCUGGCACCCACCACCCAGCCCACCAGCAUCCAACAGACACCCAGCCUGACUAACGCCUCCUCCACGCCCACCAAGGAAGAGGUACCACUCUCCUCCACCAACGGUUACGCCCCACGCAAGGUGUCCCGCAGCGCCAUCAAACAGUCUUCAUUGGACCGCACUAGGUCGAUUGAAAGAUCCAGGUCCCGUGACGACUCUCGGGACAGACGGCCGUCAUGUGUGGCGGCGCCACUAGACACCCGAAGAACGCGUGAUAGGUCACGGGAAAGGGUCGUAGUGCCGCGACGUCGCUCCGACAACGACGAUGAGAACUUGCCGACACCGGGCCGAUCAACGUCGGUGCGCAGGGGACGGAUGAGCGACUACAUGUUGCGUGACGCUUCCGAUGACUACCUUGGCUUCGGCGGCGGGAUCAGCGCAGCACACAGCGAGACGGACGUGUCACGCUCCAGAAAAACCAGCCAUGCUGGCCUCCAUAUAACGCGGCCUUUGGACACCGGUGUGGCAAGGACAGCGGCAGAGGACGCCUCGCUCCAUCGAGAGUGUGAGUCUUCAGGGGACGAGGUGGCUGGGAGCGGCUGGCAGGCACGAGGCCGACGGCGCUCCAUCAUCCGCCAGCAGUCCUACGACGAAGAGGACGGUGAUGGGGAGACAUUCGCCAACAACGCAGCCAACUCCCUCUCGCUCUGGGGCGGUGGCGAGCCCCCUGUUCGCCGCCACUCUACCCAGGAUCCCUCACGGCGCGAUGACUCACUGGAGGGUCGCCGCACGAGGGACUCCCUGGACGUGCCCUCACACGGCCGCGUGCACCGCCACCAUUCUUGGGACUACGACGUGACCCGCGACACUCUGCCCAUUACGGGAAUCAUGACCUCUGGCACUGGGUCACGCCACAGCAGCGAGAGUGACCUGAGCAGCGAGGCGCCCAGUGAGAGAGGGUCCACCACGGCGCUGGCAGAGGAGCAGCAGAGGAGGUUCUCCCGCCUGUCCAUCAAGAGGCGCUCCUCCUACAAGACCUCGAGGGGUGGCGUGAAGAAUGAAGUCACUGACCCUUAUGACGCUGAUGACCAAGGUGUUAUUGACUCGUCGCCAUCUCCACUGUCACCUGAUGUGACCAUUCCCGGCAGCGGGCCACAGGGCUCCCCGCGGCGCGCCGGCACGUCCAGCCUGGAGGACGAGCAGUGGCUGCACCCUACUGAAGAGGAGUAUCGCUCCUCCCGCCGCCGCUCCUCUGCAGUGUCUGAGAGUGGGCGGGUGCUACCAACGCCCCCUGCAUCUCCACGUGGUGCCAUGUACCCCUCCAUAGCUCCGACGCCUCCCAGCGGAGGCUCUCGCAUCACACAGUCGUUAGAAGUGAACCCAGGGCGUGACGAAGAAGACCGUUUGAGGCGGCAAAGUUCUGUGACUGAAGGCGAGACCAUCCGCAUUGUGAUUCAUGACGUAGACAUCGACCACCGCAAAGAUGGAGCUCAGGAGACGGGGCGAAGGAGAGUCAAGAUUAUGAGGGACAUGUCGGACGCAGCGCAUAGAACGCGCGGUCUAGGCAUGCGAGUGGUGGGUGGUAAGGUGGGUCCCGAUGGCCACCUUUUCGCCUACGUAGUGUGGACCGUUCCCGGUGGCCCAGCUGAGGCGGCAGGGGUCGUGCAAGGGGACAAGGUGCUCGAGUGGAAUGGCGUGGGACUAACUGACCACAGCUUUGAGGAGGUUUGCAGCAUCAUGGAAGAGGAGGUGCACCCGCAGGACGAGACUGUUCAUCUUCUCAUUGAACACUCCAAUGACCUACGCUCCCUUGAUUACGGCGAUGAGCACAGUGCCUUAGUUCAACAGAAGAAGGGAUCUCUAGAGGGCAGGAGCCCCUCAGAGGGAGAGAACGACUUGGCUCAAUCCUUAACUUCUCGACGCAAAUUGCCCCGAAUACCUGGUGACCUGAUGCGAGACCCAGUGAGUGGCAAGCUUCAGGUGCAGCUGUGGUACGACCAGGACAAGUCGCACCUGAUCGUGACGGUGGUGUCUGCCCACGACCUUCGCUUCAGAGACACAGCCACCUACGGCCCUCCUGAGGCCUUCGUCUGCCUGCGUCUGUACCCCUUCAGCGAUAGCAAGAUGUACAGCACGGGCGUGGCGGAACCUUCAUGCAAGCCUCUAUGGAACUCCUCCUUCAUCUGGGAGAGCCUGGCUGGCGAUUCUUUGCUUGGCCUCACGCUGGAGAUCUCCGUGUGGGACUACAUCUCACACACAGAAAACGGGUUCCUUGGUGAGACUCUAAUUGACCUGCGGCACGCUUACCUGGACGAGCGGCCCACUUGGUACCGCCUUCAGGAGCGCAGGUCCCGCAGCGCCAACGCCACGCCGAGAGGAUCCAUCGUGUCCUAUGACUUCUCUGUACCGUCUGUGAGGAGACCGUCUGUGCGCUCUGGCUCCGGUACGUGGAAUGACGGUGAAGACAGCAGGAACUCUUCACUGGACUCCGGUCUCCUACACCCAGACUUGGCGUGGAGAGACUCAAGGUCGCCCUCCAGACGUGGAUCAUCCUUGAGCGAGCAGGCAGAGAACGAGGUGUACCAGCUGUCCCGAUCCUACCCACACUCACUGCCUCAAUCAAGACGUUCCUCCGUAGCGUACCAAAGCUCCAGUCCGGAGUUCAAAGCUGAAGACCUGGAGGCGAGGCUGUCCGUGUCCAUGAGUCCCCUGGAGCGGCGCCGCAGCCACAGUUUUAGGUCCUCGACGCGGCAUGAAUUCCUGACAAGCGGCGAGGAAUCUUUCCCGAGGCAGCGGCGGGCGUCCCAUAGCGCCAUCAUGAGCAGGUCCCAUUCCGUCAAGAACACCAACGAUCAUUGGCACAAGAAAGGCGCCCCCAGCAACAGCCGCCCUGAGGAGGAGGGAAGACCAUGGAGCGUGAGCCAGGACGACGCAUCUCCUGACCUUGGCCCGGGUCAGGUUGUGCCUCGGGGAUAUAGGGACAUCCUCACAGAUGACUUCACGCUAGGGGAGAUCUACCUGUCGCUCACGCUGACCAAGGGCCAACUGGAGGUCGAGGUCAGCCACGCGCGGGGACUUCCCUCAGCCGCAUCGGGGCAGGAACCAGACACCUACGUGAAGACUUAUCUGAAGGACGGUGAUCGUCGCUUACAAAAGCGCAAGACCCGUGUAACACGCCACUCCCAGGAGCCCCAAUACAACCAAACGCUCCGCUACGCCGCCAGUGACGCCCUCGGUCGUUCCUUGUUGGUGAUGGUGUGGGAGCGGCAGCGUGGCUUCGAGCACAACAUCGGCAUGGGUGUUGCAGAGAUCAACCUGUCCAAGCUGGAGCAGGGCCACAAGACACAGCACGGGUGGUACCGCCUCCUGCCAGUCAGCAGCGUGGUGCGGGUUGACUCGGAUUCCGGGGACAGCGUGCGCUAGCGAGGGAACGCCUUGACCACGCUCACAACCAUGCUCCUCUUUCUCUCUGUUCUCCUUCUUCACCUACUACUGACACUCCUCCAAGUUCGCCAGAAGGAGGGUGGGGACUGGGCGCGACUACACACAAACACACACACCUCAAGGAACACUCCCUGAAACUCUCCAUUUAUAUCCUCUUGUGCUGGACAUAGUAUUAAGAAAUGGCUGUAGAGGCACCUUCUUCUGCCCUACUAGAACUACUACUGCAACUACUACUACUACUACUACUACUACUACUACUACUACUACUACUACUACUACUACUUGGCACAAAUCUUUCAGCAGAAAAUGAAAAAUGGCGAUGGGUAACUGUACCAGAAGCACACCAGUAGAGGGCACAGGUGACGCCCGGGCACAUGAAUUGCCUGCUGAUCCUGUGAGACAUGCUAGGAUCUGCUUGGUGCUAUAUUACACCAAAAGGGCGACAAAUCUCUCUCUCUCUCUCUCUCUCUCUCUCUCUCUCU